AUAAAAUGUGUGGUUUUCUCCUCUCCACUUUGAGGGAGUUUUCUGCCAAAAGGGAGGAGAGAGGAAGGAGAAAUUUUGAGUUCCCAAAAUUCUUAUUUGGUGUGUAGAAAAUUGAUAUCCCUCGGUUCGGAAAUGUUUUUCUCAUUUGACUUUUCACAUUCUCUAAUAUUGCACUUUGACCAUUAAUAUCUAUAUUUAUAUGUAGAUAUAUUUUAUAAAAAUUUGAUUUUUGAAAACUACGUUUCAUUAUGAAUAUAUUGAUAUUAAAUUUACAUCAUAAUACAAUGUAUUUUUUCCAUAAAUCAUAGUCAAAGUUUAUAAACUUUGACCAAGAAAAGUCAAAUGUGAAGAAAAUUUCCGGACGGAGGGAGUAUAAUAUUCUCUCUAAAAUAUUAUUGAUAUAUUUUCUACCAUUUAAUAUACGAGAUUAAUAUUAUCCCUAAUAUAAUCUUUAUAUUUUAAUAUACUACUUUAACACUUGCUAGCACAAGUGUUAGGGUAGACUCCGGAGAUUGUUCGUGUGUAAAAGUUUGAGGCCAGACGCUUGAACGGCUACGCUUGCUCCUUCAACAUCUUUCCCCGAUUCAACGUCGUUACCGCUAACUGGAGAAGAUGGCAUCGAAUAACACGUACAGUCAUUCCAUCAACCUGCGCUAUAUCCUCGAGAGCCAAAAACUCUAUGGGGAAAACUUUCUUGACUGGGAGAACAACCUCCGAAUCGUUCUUGACUAUGAGAGGAAACUCUACAUCCUCGAAACGGAUCCUCCCAAGACCCCUGAGGCAAAUACUUGUGCGUCCGAACUCACUUCUUUCAAGAAGUAUGAGGACGGCGCGCGAGAUGUUAAGUGUAUCAUUAUGGCCAGUAUGACCGCAGAGCUCCAAAGGCUCCACGUGGACAUGGAAGCGCGUCCUAUGAUACAAUGCUUGAGAGACCUAUACCAGGGUCAACCCAAAAACUCAGAAUUUGCAUGAAGGUAGACAUUUGGCUGAGGGAGAAGUCCAGCUUAAGGUCGGAAAUGGAACCCUUGUCAAUGCGCUGGCUGUAGGAACUUAUGUUCUAUCUCUCCCUAGUGGCUUGUUGUUGCAUUUAAACAAUUGCUUGUUUGUAUCUGCCAUUAGCAGGAGUAUCAUUUCUAUGUCCUGUCUUGACAAAGCAGGAUUUUCUAUUAACGUUAAAGACAAGUGCCUUUCGGUUUUCAGAAAUGAUAUUUACUAUGCAACUGCUAAGAUGACCAAUGGUC